AUGCCUCUUGUUUCUAUUCAGUUAAAUGUUAAAGAUAUCUAUUAUUGUUUAUCAUCAGCUGCCAAGGUGAAUAAGAUAUUUAGUGUCAUUCUACAAUUAAAUGUGAGGUGUGAAAAUGGGGUACCACUAAACAGUGAACAGUUGGAGAGGAUUCAUACAGCAGAUAAAAAUAAACACCAUGCUUCUCAGGAAUCUUCCCUUGAAGCCUCAAUAUCUAAAGAAAUCCUACCAUCCAGUGAAAAUAAGCUUGAUACAGGGCAGACGUCACAGAACAAUUCUUUGUUCGCCGUCUGCAUUAACGACGAACAUUUAUCGGCGAAAGACCAAUCGGCGAUCAAGCCAGACCACAUGACACUCAAAAUGGCGACGCCCAGUGAAUCCACCAACACAAAAUUUUGGACUGUGGAGAAGGAGCAGAUUUUAGUAGAUAUGUGGUCCUAA